UUGCCGGAACGCCUCCUGUUUGGGGCGCAGGGACGGGGAAGAGAGUGAAGCAGCCCGUUAUGGUGAGGCAUUCCCAGGAGCCCCGUCUGCAGCGCUCUAACCGGGAAGGGCCACAAUUUGGCUGUGCGGGGGGGACUCUGUAUAGAAGGGUUGCACCUUUUCCUUCCCCUUUAUGGACUGAUAAACAGCUGGGUGUAUAGCAGUGACAGCCCAGGACGCCGAGUGGGUUGUUAACCCCAAAGCCUUCAGGUCCCUGGCGUUCCCCCCUCGCCGUAGUUUUCUUUUCUUUGCAAACCUAACAGCGUGACAGUGCAAAGAAGGAAGAAUUCCCUGCAGUAGUUCCUGGAUUAACUUCAGUCUCAGGCAGUCACAGCUCGAGCAACUGAGUCCUGCUGAGGCUUAACUAGUCUUCAUUCGUUUCGUAACAACCGAAAGUGAAACAGGACUGGGCGGGCUGUGGGGAGAACGUGAUUUGCUGUCAUUGGUGGCAGCUCUCCACUGAUGCUUUCUCUGCAGACACGUUCCCAGACUUGUCCUCAAAAGAACUUUUCUGAUGUAGCUAAUCUGCUUCUGAUUUGAGUGAUGUCCCAGCAGGUACCAUGCUGGUGAUGGCCUGGCCACCAUGGAACUCUAUUGGAGCACGGCACUGGCUAGGGACUCAGAAAACACACCUGAGAAGUAUUUGUCUCCACUACCAGCAGUAUCUGAAGAGACAUUUUCUCAGAUUUUUAAAUAAUGCGACUGGAAUAACCAUCUUCAUUCUUUGCUGCAUCAGUGCAUAUCUACCAGGAAUAGAAGCUGAAAGAAGAAGGUGGGAGGCAGUUAUAGAUGAUUUGCAUGAGAUUAAAUACACAUCUGAUAGCAUUGAUGCCUGUUUAUACACUGCAUAUACAGACAAGCCAGAUGAGUGCGAAGUACAAGUGAUGGAAUGCUUUUUGUUAGAGCUGAAAGUGAUUUCCCAUGAAUGUGAAAUCAGAAAAGGAUGUAAAAUCAAACACUACGUGCGCAAUGUGCUGGCAAAUGUAAAGGCAAAUUUACCAAAGAAUACAAGUUUACUGAACAGUCCGAACAGGAAUAAAAUAACAUGCAAACAAUGUGAAGAGUACGAAGAAAGAAAUUUUAUUAAAUUUAUAGAGACUUUCGAAGAGUUUGCAAAACACAAGCUGAAAUUUUUACUGCAUGUUCCUAAAUAGGCUCUCUUUUUGAAAGUGCUUAAGGGAAACUCCAUAAACUUUGCUGGCACUUCAAGCAAUAUAAUCAUUGGAUGGAUGGAGAGACAGACGGUUUGGCUAUUUUAAGAACUUUUGUAAGACAGAAAGGCAGAAAAAACAAAAUACAUCAAAGAAUAAUCUGAACUAUGAACUGCGCCACAGACUAUUUUGCCUUUUUAUUUUUAAUUUACUACUUUCUCUGGGAAGCUAUUAAAAUGUAAAAUGAUGUGUAUUUUAUAAGCAUUUUAGAUAAAUAUUUGCUCUU